UUUUUUUUACCAUGCCCAACUUUGAAUAAAGAUUAUUUUGAUUUUGUGACAUAGUGUCAUAAAAUGUAGAAGUCUUGAUGUAGUGAUCGAGCUUACCUUAAAUGCUCUUAGGGGUGUAAGGGAAGUAUUUCAUAUCAAGGUGUUUGUGGGCAAUAGACAAGUACUUUAUAUCUAGAUGUCUGUGGGCAAUAUAGACAAGUACUUUAUAUCUAGAUGUCUGUGGGCAAUAUAGACAAGUACUUUAUAUCUAUAUGUUUGUGGGCAAUAUAGACAAGUACUUUAUAUCUAUAUGUUUGUGGGCAAUAGACAUCAUGUACUUUAUAUAUAUCUAGAUUUUUGUGGGCAGUAGAUGUUAGUACUUUAUAUCUAGAUUUUUGUGGGUAAUAUACAAGUAUACUUUAUAUCUAAGUGUUGGUGGGCAAAAGACAUUAAGUAAUUUAUAUAUCUAGAUGUUUGUUGACCUUACUUUCUGGUGUAUUCAAUGGUAGUUUUGUAUAUAGUACGUAUUGACCUAGUUUCAGUAUUCAAUGGUACUUCCAGUAGCAUUUCUAGCAUUUACCCAGAUUUAAGACAUCUAUAUAAACUAUUAAGCAUAAGCAUAAGAUAACUAGCAUUUUUAAGCAUUUAGAUCAGCAUUUAAAUCAGCCAGCAUUGCUAGCAUUCAAAUUAGCCAACUAGCAUUGCUAGCAUAUCAAAUCAGUCAGCCAGCAUUACUACAUCUAUACAUGUAGCAUUCAAAUCAGUCAGUCAGCAUUGCUAGCAUUCAAAUCAUUCAACCAGCAAAAUAUAUGGCAUGAAAAAAGCCUGGCUCAGUAUUAAAUACUGUACUGGAAAUAGUUCCAUAUGUACUAGUAUUUAGAGAAAUAGUUCUCUAUGUACUGUUUAGAGAAAUAGUUCCCUAUGUACUAUUGUUAAGAGAAAUACUGUAGUUCCCUAUGUACUGUUUAGAGGAGGACUUCAAAGGAAGGGUUUCUUAGCUCUGUGGGCUUCAUUUAUAAAGAACAUCUUUUUCCAGCAUCUAAAUUUAACUUUAUUUGAUGAAUAUAACCUCAACUCGUGUAGUAAAACCCCUUGUACUUUUAAUCAAAGAUAAUGUAGUGUAUAUCUUGUGUUGGUAUGUUUUAAUGGAUGAGGCAGUCUAAAUCACAUAAACUCAACUUUCAUCAAUGUCAGAAAUUAAGGUUCUCUUGAGUAAUCCUCGUUAAAUUUUAUUACACUUAAUGAUGCACUUGAUAAUAUUUCACAUUAAACAGAGACAGCAAUUGCACUGUAAUAGUGCUUGACAUUAAAAUAAAAAUACUGAACAGUACAUUAUAUUUGUACAAUAUUCAGUUGACAAAGUUUUUAAAAUUCUGCUAUUGAUUCUGAGGUCUCUAACAUUACUAGAUGUUACUGAAGUAUAGGGUGAGGGGUCUCAGGACAUUUUUACAUUUCCCACAACAAUUUACUGUUAAUUGUCUAAUAAAUUGAUAUGUAAUAGAUUUCAAUCCGCUGGGAAUGGACCCUGCCUUGCACAUGGAGCCAGCUGACCACAUUAAGGAGACCCCAACCCUGUCACUAACGAUAACCAAUCUUCUGUAUAUUACUAGGAUUAUAGAGUUUUCCUGUUGUCACCUAUUCCUGAAUUUAAGAAAUUCUGAAUGUAUAUAUAUAAAUGAACUGUUUUAGAACAGAAUUAAGAAAGAAUUAUGUUCUGAAGGUAAAUGCACAGUACACUGCAAUAUUUCUAAUCAGGGCUAGAAAUUUGAUGUUUUUUUUAUCAUAUUAUCACUCAUAAGUUGUUGCAAGUGCUGGAAAAAUCAACUUGCAAGAUGACAGAUCUAUAAUUAACUCACAAUUCACAAAUUGUUGAAAUCUUCAGAAUUCUGAAUCAAACCAUGCAGUACGUUACAGGGAUGACAGGUCGGACAGCAGAUACCCCCCCCCCCCCCCCCCCCCCCAAAUAAAUUUGAAUUCAAAGUCAUAUAAAUCUUCACAUAUAUAUAUGUCAUACUUCUUGCACCUAUAGCGACAUUGACUUUUUGUGCAUGAUAGAUUUAACACUGCAUGGUGCAAUGAGGUACAAUAUUAUGACAAUUAAAGCUCAUUACUUCUAAAUGAAGUUUUUAAUGGAGGGAAAAGUGAUAUAUAUACUAAACUACUAAUUCCACCAUUGUGACCAUAAUUGCUACCUAUAAUUGAAGUUCCUCAUCCCCCAUUUAUAGAGUUACACAUGUCACAACGAUACGCAAGAGUAAUGUCAUAUGUGUCACUUCACGGAAAACAGUAGAGACAACGACUAUGUAUCUUCAAUUAUGUGUGAUAUUUGAGGAUAAGAAUCUUGAAGGUAGCUGCGUGUGUCCCCCCCCCCCUCCCCCUUAUAAGAUGUAUACAUAGAUUACCAGAUGAUCAGAAAGAGAGAUUGUGUUUUAAUAUUGGACAAUCUUACUCUAUUGAUUUUUGGAGAUAUUUAAUUACUGCAUUGUGUUAAUGUCAUAACAUCCUCAAAUCUCCUGAUAUAAUCGCAGAGCUAUCAUCAGAUUGGAUCAUCUCCAAAACUUAAGAAGUUAUAAACUACAAAUUAUUUACAUCUGACCAGUUGAAGUUGACUUGGGCCAUCAUUAAAAAUAUUUGUUUGAUGUACUCCGACCCACAUUUUUCAAGGUGGGUCGGUAGGUAAGUUUUUUUUAACAUCAUGUAAAUUUCUAACAUUUUCUUUUAAAAUAAGGAGAAUUUUCUAUUUUUCAAGGGAACCAAAAAAAAAAAAAAAUUUAAAUUGCUGAAAAAAAUUAUUGGGUAGGAGCAAAUUUGAUGGGUCAGUCGGAGUACAUCAAACAAAUCAAUUUUUAUUUUGGCCUUAUAAUGAUUCUUACUUUCCUGUGGUUCCUAUGGCAACGAUCAGUAAAUGAAAUGUAAGAAUGUUUGAUGAUACAUCUUGUUAAAUGUACGAGACUGAUUUGCAUAUGCAGGUACGCAAUCUCGAUCAGUCUGUCCUUUUAUGGAUGUGUAAAUGAAUGUUUGAUGUAAGCACUGCACAAUAUCAUUUAAACCACAGAAGGAAUUACCUCCACGCUUAACUAGCUACAUGCUGCAAUACUAACUUCAAAACACCUAUUUUGUUAAAUGAUUCACAAAUCUGACAUAAUUCAUGACUUCAUGAUAUUGAACACUGAAUUAUUAGUCAUCUCUCUCACCCCUCCCCCUUCUCUCUCUCUUCACCCAGUACAGUAGCCAGUUUGAAUUAGACUUGAUGUGAAUUAAUUAAGUCACUCCUUGUCACUAUAUAAUGUCAGUAGAAACUCAAAAGAAUUUGGGAUGUUGUGGUCUUGUUAUUAAUGAUCUCAUUUAAUGUCAAUUUAUUUGUGUUACAAAGCAAACUUUAUAGUUAUUGCAUGACAUAUUGCUAGGCUGAAAUUAAGACAGUAAAAACUUGGAAAAUAAAGAAGUUAUUUGUGGAAUUCGGUUUUAAUGAGGACAUUUUAUAGUAGGGCCAUGAGCCUUGCCAAUAAGGGGCCAGAGUUGGCGGGCCCCUUGACCAAGAAGGUCCCCCCAGAAGACUUUCGGAGUAACGGGAGAGGGCCAUACCCCUUGCCAUACCCUGCUGAACCCCCUGAUGACGAGAACAUGAACGAAAUUGUUGAGGAAAAUGUUGAUGUGAUUGUUCACUUACCAGAUGGAAAAAGCAAGCAGGUCGCUGUGAACUCGAACAUUCCAAUGAUGGACUUAUUAGUGAACCUGGCUGCAGGGAGCCGCCUGAACCCAGGGGGCCACUCUCUGCAGGUGUUGAAUGAGGACACAGGCAAAUUAAAGGAAUACAAAGCUAAUCAGACUAUUGGCUCUCUCUGUAUCAGAGGGGAGGAUCACAAAUUUCGUUAUGUCACUGUACAAAUUGUCCCCAAGAAAGUGUCUAAGAAAUCGUCAGGAAAUCUUCGUCAGUUUGAGAUGACUAAGAGGUUCACGGUGAAUCUCCCCGGGGGUCAGAAGAAGGUGCUACGGAUCAGCCCUCAGUCCACGCUGGAGCAGGUUCGAGCCCAGCUGUGUCAGGAGAGACAACUUGAGCCGAGUCACCUUGUGUUCCAACUGCCCUCUAACCCACGACAGCAGCUCAGCCUGCAGACGACGGUCGCCGAACUCCCGUCAAGUGAAGUCAACCUUACUGGUGCAAAUGUGAUGCUGGAUGGCGCCAAGUCGAUGCCCGACCUUUCGAUUGGGAGGAGUCAGUCGAUGAAGACUGAACCCCCCACCCCGUACAUGCCGAUGGCUGGAGAGGGAAAAAAGAAAAAAGGCUUCUUCUCUUUCCUGAAGAAGGACAAAAAAUUUACUGUUUCCAUGCACACAGACCUGAAUCAUGCUGGAAAACCUCAGCAAGCCUCGACUUCACGGAAAGAUGGAGGCAGUCCCCCUGCCACGAGACGGAAGAUGGAGUCUGCAGAACGCCCAAAAUCAAUGUUUGUGACUUCCCCUGCCAAUGUGGCUGUGAAUGGAUCAAAAUCAAUGCAAACGUUCUCCAGUGAAGUGGAUAUUCGGAGCCAAGCUGCUCCAUCUGUGCAAGUCAAAUCUGCCCCAGCACUUAAUUCUGUGAGGGAACAUCCUGUAGCAGGACCGCCCAUCAAAUCGGGAAAGAAAAAGCGUGCACCCCCUCCCCCGCAAGUUAAGCCUUCACCUCACACCGGUGUAGUGACUGCUGAAAUUACUGUAGAAAACACACAGACGACGCCUUCUCAGGCGGAAUCAAGGAUCCCAGAAAUCGUAUCAUCCAAUCAACAGCUAGCUCAGAAAUUACAUUCCAGAAAUAGUUCGGACUCAAGUGGUUAUCAUGAGCUAGCUUUAAGUGGAGCCGAGUCUCCCGACACGGCCAAAAUUGAGGAGAAUUUAGAACUGAAAGUGAGUACAAACAUUACGCCUGUAGAAGGACAUAAAAACAGUGGAGACAGCGGAAUACGUGACAUGUCUUCCCCCAGGCGUAAAGUACGUCCGGGUAUUGAAGCCAUGGAAACAGGAUCGAGUCAAACACUGCCAUUGGAUAAAGUAGGGAAGAAAGAAAUGUCAAGAACGAAGUCGUUAGAACGAGCCCCUGGUGCUAAGAAGAAGAAAGCCCCUCCCCCACCUCCAGGUCAAGCUCCGCCCCCUGAAUCAGCUCAAGCUCCUCCCCCUGAUCCAACAUCUGUUUCUCAAAAGGCAACUAUUCCCAAACCCGCUCGGAAAUCCUCCGAUUCGACUGUCCCUGUUCCUACCUCUACCCCCAGGCCUUCUGUUCAGAAAAAGGAUGAAACAGUGGCCAUUACUGCAGUUCUGGAUGACCUUGACAAUCACCUUGGUGAUGAUGUGGAGGAGGACCAGAUGAUGAUGGUGGAGAACGGAGACCUGACCGUGGAGGAGGUGGAUCAGCCACGCUCACUCCGCCCAUGCUCAUUUGUAGCCCCACCCCCUCCUGAUGAACCGCCCCCAGAGGAUGUAGAAAUUGUCUGCUACAAUGACAUCAUGGGAGUUAAGGUCGACACCGUGGAUAUCGGCACGGAAACCAGUGAUGAUAGUGCAUCUUUCGAUCAAGAGAGUCCAAAAAGUUCUACUAAGUUUCAGUCAGGCAUCAGAAACACAAUGCAUAGUCGAGCUGAAAGUCGGACAAGCAUGACCUCAGUCACCACAAUAGAGGAAAUCAACAUGGGCUUCGAGUUGGCCAUAUUGGCAGGGCAGGAAGCCAUGUUGGAAGAGUCCAGUGAGGAAGAUGAAGAAGAGUACAAAAAUGAAAUGGCGCACUUUGUAGAAAGAAUGAAGAAAGAGGUUGUCAGCCAGAACGAAGCAAUAGAAAAGGAAUCAAAUCCAUUGGAACCUAAUCUGGAAUCAAGGCAGAAGAUUUCUGUUGAAGAAGUCAAACUGGAUUUACAGUCCUCGAGUGCAGAAAGUUCACCGAAACCCGGCCCUCGUGAGAAUACAAACCAGGUAGCGGGUGACCAGGAAGUGUCAGAAAUCACAUACAGUUUUACCGUGGAUGCUGUUCCUCUGGAAUUUCAGGAGGAUGAAGAACUGAAAGAUCAGAAGAACGAGGAGGAGGAGGAAGAGGAAUACACAGAAACCAUCACUGAAAUCAUUUAUCCACUAUCCUCCUCGGAUGCACUUGUGAGCCCGAGGAGGAUUCCUGAUUUGGAUUCUCCAAAAGAGCAUGCAAAAUCUGUGGUUUCUGAAGAAAAACCUAACGAGGGUGAGAAAAUUGAAGAGGCAGUGAAACAAGAGGUGCAAGUUCAGCAGAAACUGGACACUGUCCUUAAAGUUGAGGUGUCCAAAGUGGCCAAACCUGAGGAGAAACCAAAGGAACUUAAACGUGAGAAGGAGGAGUUUGUACUAACAUUUGAUGAUUUACAGAAUGUUGAUUUCACUGGACCAAAGAGGAAGAAGCCCCAGAGUCUGAGUCUUAAACCAGAGAUCAAACCACCAACAGAGGAAGUGAAAAGACGAUCGGGUCGAAAGUCUCCUGCUGCUGUCACUUCACCUGUGUUUGUGUUGGAGGAACUGCGAUCGCGAUUUAAGUCUGACGGGGAAGACAAUGUUUUAAUUACUCCGCUCAGGGAGAGUCGGAGUAAUGGAAGCAUUAAAGAAAGAUGCAAUGAACUGAGUUUUACCCCCAGCACAGAGGGAGAGCAGGAACAUGUGAUGGAGGAAAAGUCCAUCUCUCUGAUGGCCCAUCUUGCUGCCAGGUCACCUGACCAAUUCUUAGAGAAGGACAAAAUCAUUGUAGAAAAACUUGAUCUCUCCAAAGAUGUGACUGAUGGUUUUUCAGAACCAGAAAAGAUGAAGAAUAGUGAUAUUAAUGAAGACAGUGUUAAUAACAAUGAAUCUGCUCCAAAUUCUGCUCGAGACAGUUUGAAUAGCAAUGGAUCUGCUCCAAAUUCUGCUAGAGACAGUGUGGCCAGUUCAGAACUAGAAAAUGACCCCUUGGAACAAAUGCAACAACAGUUCCAAAUGUGGCAGACUCAGCUGGAACAAAAUCAAAAGUUACUUGCAUCUCAGCCUGUUUCAGUGGAUGAAACCUCCCUACAGCUGCAGGACCAGCUUAAGAACCAAAUUGAGAUUCAGAAACAAAUGCUUGCUCAAAUGCAGAAAAGCAUGGAAACGCUCGCUGCCCAAUCACAAACAAAAUCUCUUGACUCUCCUAGAGACAAUGUUGACAAGUCUGAAGUGUCUAGCCGUCAGAAUUUGAUUCCGAGCCCCCCUGUCCUACCUCAGAUGAGGAUGAAGUCAGAUUCUUUGGACAAAGAGAAAAAAUCCAAGAAGAAGGUCAAUAAGAGGUUUGAGCCAAAACUUGACCCGAGGGAGGAGUUGAUGCUCCAAAUCAGAGGCUUCCAGGGACGCAACGCCCUUAAGAAGGUUCAGUUGAAACAGACAAAGUGGGUGUCUGGGCCAGCAAUUUCGCAGUAAAUGUAGCGCCUGUUUUAACGGAGAGACUAAAUUCAACAUCUGACUACAGCAUGACUUAGAUGCCGUCAUUACAUGGACUAGCACCCGGAGCAGCAAAAGGGAGCAGAAAUUUGUGAUAUCAAAAUUCAUGAAAUCAACAGACAGUCAGGGAUCACUAGAAGUCUCCAUGUUAUUGGUCAGGGGUCACAAGGUCUAUAAGUCAGGGGUCACUAGGUCAUCCAUCGGAGCACAUGAACAAAAUAUUCUGUGGAAUUCUCAUGGAAUUAAAAUGAUACAUACCAAUGUGAUUGCUGAAGUAAAUUUGUGUUUGUGAUAGUAUUUUUUAUACUACAAAAUUAAAACUAUUCAAGCAGUGUUAUAUGAUGUUUUAGCAGUCUUCCAAAGAACUUUGUCAAGGUCAUAUCAAGCAUUGACCUUGACAUUUAAAUUUCAUUCACCUGAUUAUGGAUGUACAAGCUGUAUUUUUUCAUCAUUUACCAAAUUGGAGGAAGGAUGACAUUUUGGUUUGUACCUCUUGCAUUCAAAUGGUUUUUUUUUUCUCUAAAAUAUGAAGGAAUCAAAAAAUAAGUUUAUUUUUGUAUGUCUGACAAAUCAGAAGAAAUCAACCACAAACACAUAGUCAUACACACAUACAUACAUGCUGUAUUUUUCUACCAAAUCAGUGAUUAUGAAAUAAGUGUCUUAUGUUUUCUACUUGUGUUUAACAAAUGUACUGACCAUUUGUAUACAUUGCGUAAUUUACAAAGUAUAUCUUUUGUAAAACAGUAUCUAUGCAUCUUUUUCAUUUUAUUUGAGAAGAGAAUACGGAUAUAUAAAUCAAAUUUUGCAAAAGUUGGACAUUGAAUUAUCCCCCCUUGAUUUUAGAACGUGUAUAAUCUGUGAUUGAUAAUCAGCAUUUUUUUGUUGUUGUUCAGGACAAAUGUUUUUAUAGCGGUGAUAAUCGGGGAGGAUGUAAUGUAUUUGUACAUCUCGUCACCAUCGUUGUGUGUAUGAAUUAAUUAUACUUUAUUUCGUGCAUUUGAUAUUCAUAUGUUGACAAAAGUGCAAUCCUACAGAGUUCAUAUAGUAAAAUUACAUCAUUCUAUUCUUAACCAUUAAUUACACUGUUUAUCGAGUGUUCAUAGAUAAAACAGAUUUGUGUAGUCAAAGGACAUUGUAAAAACUUUUUACAUCUAUCGGGAAAUGAGUACCAAGGUAUUUUUAUUUAAAUUUUUGAUUAUUUUCUUAUAUCAAUUUUUCAUGUGAAAGAUUGUUUUUGCAUGGAUUCUAAUUAGAUUGUAUGGCUAUGUUGAAUGUUACAUAUGUAUUCAUGUAAUAAUCGUAAUAUUACCCUGUGAUGUAGAACGUAUAUGGGGAUAUCAAUGCAUGUAAUCAGAUGUUAUAUAUUUCACUAUCAAGUUGGAGUCCUGCUUUUCUGCUGUUUGUUGCAGGUACAGUUUCAUUUUUUUUUUAACCACAUAAUUUUGUGAUGCAUGUACUUUCUCUUUCAAACAUUUAGUACAAGUAAAUUUCAUUUUUGAAAGUACAAUUGGGAAUGAACUGUGGAGUUUCACGUUGGAUUAAGUGUGCCAGCGUGGAACGUGGCUAUUCAUUCCCCCUGUAUAUUUUCAAAAAUGAAAUCUCUUUUUUGAUAUUUACUUUCUACUUUCAUUUCUAUUGGAAUUUCCAAUCAUUAAAAUAGAUGUACUAUAUUUAUCAAGAUUCAUACUCGCAUUGUUCACAACUGCAACACAUUCAUGGCUGUCAUUACAAUUUGUAGAGAUAUCAAAACCAAAAACCAUGGAAAUGUUAUAAAUAGCAUGUUAACCAAAUUUUUUCUCAAAUGAAUUGGACCAAAAAUUUAAAUGUCAUGAAAUCUUACAAAAAUAGGAAAAUUUCUGUGUUUGGAUGGAAUUUCUACUAAAGUAGAGUACACAUGUAUGUUAAUAUUGAAGUAAUCAAAUCAAAAUCAUUGAUAAAAGUUCAUUACAUUCUCAAAUUUCAUGAAAGUAUAUUCUAGGAAAGGCAAGUCAUCCAGUGUUAGCAUUUUAUCCUAUGGAUAGUAUGAGAAUUGAAAUAGGGGUAAAUUGACAAUUUGACACAAUAUUCUGUUAGUUGUAACAUUAUGCUUGUCUCUCUUUCUCUCUCUCUCUAUCUCUGCAUACACAGUGGCCAAUGUAUAAUACUGUACAUGUGUAAGUCAAUAUUAAUUUUUUAUUUGUAUCUUAUUCAUUGUAUACAUAUAUUGAAAGGCUUUGUGUCAAUUUAGAUACAAAGUCAUUAAAACCCAGAAAUUUUGA